AAUUUCGUGAAUGCAUCGCGCUUCGCUUAACUCAACAGUGCAUGCGACCAUGAACGUAGGGCACACUAAGCCGCGCGUUGUCGAUAAUAUGGACAACUUUCAACGGUUCUUGAGCAAUGAUGAGAUCAAAAUGAGUUCUGAGCGAUCGUCUGCGUCGAAGAAAGGAAUUUUGUUGCAGAAUCUGGAUGAGGGUAAACCUUGCUUAAAGUGUGGAGAGAAAUGCCCUGGAUUCAGUUUACACGUGUGGCGCAAGGUGUGCUCCAACUGCAAAUGUCCUCGGGAGAAUCACGAUGUGUCUGUGGAUGUGGAUGUGGAUGUGGAUGGAGUAGAAUUCAAAGUAAAAGGUCUUAAGAUCAACUCAGACAUCGACCACGAAGAUGACUUACCCGCCCCUCCCCCGUUACCAAAUAACAAUGAUUACCCAACUGUGACGAUUACAACUACUCAGUCCUACCCUGUGGAUAACGACUUCUUACCGCCCCCUCCCCCUCCCUCACUGGCUGCAGAUUACCUCUGGUCGCCACCCGAUCUUACAGCAGGACAGGUGGAGGCUUACAUGAAGUCCCUGCCAGACGAUAGAAUCCCUAUCCCUGACACACCGGGGGAAGCUUAUUAUAUAAAACAGCGCUCGUACCAGAACCCGCCCCAAGAUAAAGCGCCGGUGCAUUUCUCUAAUAUACCGGAGCCGCAAAGAGAAGCUUUUGUGCAGUUCUGGAAUAACGAGGAUAACGCCCGCGGGACGGGACGAGUCAAAGUCCCGCUUGGAAGACGAGAGACUUGCCAGUCGUGUUUCAAGACUAUUCCUAAAGGUGAUGUGGUCGUCAUGGCCGAAUUCGAUGAGAAUGAAGUGGCUUGUUACCAUGCAGCGUGUUUCUGCUGCUCCACUUGCUGGGAACUGUUGGUGGAUCUGACUUACUAUCGAUACGGAAACAAAAUCUACUGCGGGCGACAUCACGCGGAGUUGUCAAGGCAACGUUGUUUUGGAUGUGAUGAGUUGAUCUUCACUGGUGAGUACACAAUAGCUAUGAACAAAAGCUGGCAUUUGGGACACUUCCGGUGCAGUGAGUGCGACAUCAGUAUCACUGGCAAGCAGUUUAUCGUCAGAGAAGAAAAGCCCAUUUGCACUGACUGCUUUGAUCAAAGACCAGACAAGUUGGCCCAUGAGAUCUUUCCGGCUAACAUCGCCAUUACUCGAACGCAAAUAUUUGCCAACGAAUGUGACCACUGUCACGCCAAGAUUGGACCGGAUGCUAAGGACGUGUCUACGGCAGACAACCGCCAUUGGCACGAGAUGUGCUUCUUGUGCGAUUUAUGCCGAAAACCGCUGCGAUCAGACGGCAAAUUCACCUUCUACAAGGAGCAGGUUCUUUGCAAUGAUUGUUACAUCACUAAUUUCCAGAAGACGUGCGAAGGUUGCCAAUACGCGAUCGAAUCAGGAAGCGCGCGUCUAGAGUACAACGGGACCUACUGGCACGAGGAGUGUUUCAAGUGCGCCGUCUGUAAAGAGGCUAUUGGAACCAGCGGUUUCGUUCCAAAGGAUGACGAAUUCUACUGCCCAGACUGCUAUCAAAAUCUGCACGCCAAACGCUGCGCCCACUGUGGCGAACCGCUGUCCGAAGGUGGCGUCCUCUACAAUGAACAAACGUGGCACAAAGAGUGUUUUAGCUGUUACAGCUGCCACGAGUCUCUGGCGUCUCGCCCGUUCUCCGUUCACAGUGGUAACCGCUAUUGCAUCGAGUGCUACGGAAGAUACUUAGCCAAACAGUGCGAGCUGUGCUUUAAACCGAUCAUCGGAGGCGAAUAUUUCACUUUAGAAGACUCGAAUUUCCACAAGGAGUGCUUUAACUGUAGCCGGUGUCAGCGUUCCUUAGCCAACGAGGGCUUUGCCAGAGAAGGAGUUGAACUUCUUUGCGCCAGCUGUGCUGACUAAACAGCGGCUUUCCAGUUACUGAGCAAACAAAAUGUGACGAUAUGCCCAGCAUAGUAAGAAUUAUAAAGAAACUGAGUCACUUUAUGAUUACAUUUUCCCCGGCCGUUUCUAAGCUAAGUCGCGUUUAAUUAAUUUGGGAUCUAGGAUUGUAAGUCAAUGCUCGAAACCAUAGAAAAUAAGGUCGAGAUAGGCGUGAAAAAAUAGUUCAGAUGUUUUCAGACCACUUGAGCUAACUUAAAGAAUAAACUCAACACUGACUUGUAAAAAUAUUUUAAGUUUAAAAUGUUUGUAGUUUUUUACGUUUUGUCAUGGAACAUUAUGUGGGAAAAUUUACAGAUUUAUGUAGAUCAAAAUUAUAUAUUUUUCUAAAUAUGUAUGUUAUAAAGAAUUACUAUACAAGCUUUUAACAUUCUCUAAUAUAAUGUCGAGGAUUAUACACUGUAAAUCUCAAUGUGUUAUCUAAUUCUAUUGUAAAAAUCUUGUUUUUAUACCGAUAAAGCACACUCUAAAUGGCAGAGAACUA